AUGGCUGGGCUCGCCGGUGAUGGAGGUGAAGCUGGUGUCGAACUUGAAGACGGCCAGCCCGUGUCCAUGAAACGAUCAGUUCGCGAUAACAUGUUUAGAUCGGAUCGGAAGCAUUCACUGACUGGAAUCGGUGUCGACCGCGUGGGCGCACUGGCAGCUCAAAAGGAAGAAACGCCCGUCGCAACGCCCGAUGUUGGAAAGCGGCAUACCCGCCCGCUUCGGAUGGAAAAUCUAGACACUGACAUUCCCCCUCGAUCUAUCGCCCUCGAAACCACGAUUACGGCUAUAUCAAGUAGGGAAGACAACAGUUAUCUACCAUUCAUUGGCCAACUAGGCCUUCGCAAGGCUGCAGCGUCUCAUGUGUCUCGAAUGACCGGAGGCGUUACUCAGUACUCUGGUGAGAACAAUUGCGUUAUCACAGCUGGUGGCCUCAGUGGGGUUCUAAACACGCUAUUUUCAACUGUCGAGCCUGGCGAAGGUGUUCUGUUGACUGAUCCCACUUACAUCGGACUUAUUAAUCGUGUGAAGCUCGUCGGGGCUAUACCAGUCCUCCUACCGCUAGAAUUCCACUCAGGUAACCCGUGGAGAUUCCCGCGUGAAACCUUGCUUGACUUCAUCGAGUCCUCACAGGCUAAGGAUAACAUUCGGAUCACUGCUAUUUUAUUGAGUUCACCAGCGAUGCCGUCUGGGAUGUACCUCAAUGAGGAGGACUGGCGAGCCGUGGCAGAUGUCUGCAUUGCCCGUGAUAUGUUACUGAUCUACGAUGCUGCAUUCGAACGACUUCUCUUUGACGACCGAACAGUCGUUCAUCCCGCUUCAUUCCAUGGGAUGGAGGAAAGGACUAUUACCAUUGGAAGUGCGUCAAAAGAGCUGCGCCUGAUUGGAUGGCGUGUGGGUUGGGUAGUUGGACCGACCUGGGUGAUUGCUGAUAUACGGCUAGUGGGGAUGGCAAAUGUUGUCGUCCCUGUUGGGAUCGCCCAGAAAGCAGCGAGGGUAGCCCUGGAAGAUUCCGAUAAUGACUGUCUUGAGUUCACCAGGGAGUUGCAAGCCAGACGCGACCUAUUGAUAAAGGAGCUGAAGGGUCUCCCAAUAGGUAUCCCGGCUGGGGGAUGGUCUUUUGUCCUUCAAGUUGAGAACGGGGCGGAAGCAUCAAGAGCAUUAAUGGAAGCAGGAAUAUACGUCACUCCGAUGAAUGGCUGGGGAAAUACUCAUGGUAAAAAUUUCAUCAGAUUCGUAUUCUCGAAUGAGCCGUGCCAUCGACUGGAGGGUAUUGGCAUGAAGCAAUGCGACAUCGUAAGAAGGGCAUGUAUCAGCUCGACGAUCAGACCAUAA